AUGGGAUCAAUUGCGAUAGAAGAGGUUGAAACCACCCUGGGCCGGGAAACACCUUUCACGAGCCAGCAUUAUGAGUCGUUCUCUCCUGCUGAGCACUCCAAGCUCAGACAUUUGGUCCCGGUUGCCGAGCGAGAAGACACCACUUACCUCAACGCUUCUUUCCAGCCUCCUAUGAACCUCAGAGUCAGAAGUGCACUCGACAAAUACCUGGACCAGGCCACCACCCAUGCGCAUCCCAAGCCUAUCUGGCAGCAGACGACUUCUGAGAGCCGGAGCAAACUCGCCACAUACCUGAACGUUCCAGAGCAUUCGCUUGCAUUCACGCGAGACACCACCGAGGGUCUGAAUCUCUUUCAAAGAUCUCUGAAGUUCACUCCGGGUGACAAUGUCGUGUUGUUGGACGUCGAACAUCCUAACCAUGUAUAUGGUUGGCUCGGUCUCGUGGACGCUGGCCUGGAAGUUCGACUGGUGCCGACAGGGACGGACACAUACGCAGACGCCGACACAUUCCAGCCGUUGGUCGACAGUCGCACUAUCGCCAUCGGGCUCUCUUCCAUCAUGUUUCACUCGGGUCAGAUGAACAAUGUCGGAGAUAUCUGUUCUCGUUUCCGACCCCGAGGCAUUCACGUUCUCGUGGAUCUCACGCAGCACGUCGGAGUGGCCCCGCUCGACCUUACCGCCUGGAACGUUUCGGCUGCAGCGUUUGGUUGUCAUAAAGGCUUGGGUUGCCCCAGUGGGGUGGGUGCUCUCUAUAUUAGCCCUGAUGUGCUCCCACUGCUACGACCGACACCACCCAUCGUUGGGGCAGGCGCCAUUGCAAACCUUCGGGGUGACCUGAUUGCCAAUCCUGACGUGCAGUACCACAAAACGACACAAAGAUAUGAGCACCUCAACCUAUCCCUCAUCGGUGUCGCAGCGCUCAAGGCGUCAUUGGACUUUAUAGUGGAUGACCUGGGCAUUGACAGGUUAGAAAGCCACCUUCGCGCAUCAGGUCGCGAGCUGGCCUUGCGUUGCAAGGCACUUGGGGUGGAGGUGGUGGGAAGUCCGUAUGCUGAUCGACGAGCACCACAUUUGUAUGUGCUGAAGCUGUUGCAUCCAGAUUGGCAAAGCCACCUUCGAGAAGACCACAUAUAUGUGUCUCACUAUCGCCUGGGCAUCAGAGUGUCAUUUGCGUUUUACAACAACGUCGAUGAUGUCGAGAAACUCGUCCAGUCGAUAGAGAGAGGACUGAAAAAGGGUAUCCCUCGUGAAUGA